AUGGAACCCAUGAACAAUCCACCAGUGCCGGGAAUAUUUCAACCGAGGCCGGUACGAGUUUCACAAUUGCCACGCUACCGAAACCGCCAGCAUAAUAAAUCGAACUUCGACCAAGCUCUAGGAACGGUGAAACUGGUGUGGCAUGCCAUUCGUGAUACGUUUUAUGAUUUCGCAUCCAUGUCCAAAAUUCAUGGCAUGUACUACAUGCAAAGGCAAGUUACGAACGGUUUCGCGCGGCUACUGUGGAUUGCCAUCAUAGUCGGUUUCUUCGUCUUCGGAACCGUACUGAUCUAUCUGCUUUGGCAAAAGUUUAUCGACUCACCGACGCGAAUGACGAUUGCAUCCGAAAUGAAGAUCGUUCAAGUACCCUUUCCCGGUAUAACCCUGUGCCAUCCGCAGAGCGUUGUGGAUUAUAAGGCAGAGCGGUUCGUCGAAAAGAUCAAACUGCCUCUGGGCGCUACGAAAGAUUCGGUGCUCAAAACAUUACCAUCCCUGGGCUAUUUCACCGAGCAUCAAUGGACCUUCCCAAGACCGCAAGACUUAAGAAUGAUCGAUCAGGUUCUGAUGCUCAACAACUACACCAUCGAACGGGCCAUCGAUGAACUGGGCAUGAUAUGUGAAGAUUUCAUACUGGUGUGCUACUGGGCAGGCAAAAAGUUUCCCUGCUUUACCAAACAAGCUUUCCUCGGUUGGAUCGGUUCCACUAGCCACUACGGUGCCUGUUGCUCUUUCAACUAUCAUCCAAACGUGCGAGGAAGUAAGGAACCUUUCGUUGUCAACACGUACGGUAUGCAUGGUGGGUUGAGCGUCAUUGGAACUGGAUAUCCGCAGGCGUCGGAUGGCAAAUCUGGCGCACUCUACUCGGAAGGAUUUAUGCUCAUGAUACAUCAUCCGCAUGAUUUCGCCGUUGAAGCCUCUCCGCUAACGCUGAUACGGCUACGCAAGGAAACAUUCGUUAACGUGCUACCGACGGAUUCGCGUUGCUCAGAGCAGGUGCUGGCACUACCCCAAAACCAACGGGAUUGUAUUGUAGGUAGUGACUUUAAUCCACCGAUUGCAAACUAUCGCCAACCGGCAUGUACGCUGCAAUGUUUACGAAACGAGGUACACCGGAAAUGCGGUUGCCAUCCAUUCCAUCUGCCCCAGCCCACGGAGAGCCGGGCAGGGCAAGGUGUUAGGAACUGUACUGUUUACGAUUCGAUGUGUUUUGUGGAAAACUAUUACAUGUUCAAAAGGUUAAAAUGCAACUGCUUGCCGUCCUGCAGUGAUGUCACGUACAAAACGGCUUCGAUUGUGUCCGAAUUUUCUGCUUACAACUUCUCGAUUAAUCCUUUUUAUAAGGAAACGAAUCUUUCCGAUUUUGAGUUUAUUUUUCACAUCUUCAUGAGCAACCAGGUUGUUGCGGCUAACAGGCGCAUUGUCGUGGUAUCAUGGAUCUCAUUGCUUUCAAAUCUGGGUGGAGCAUUUAGCUUGUGUCUUGGAAUUAGCGUUCUCUCAUUAUUCGAAGUACUGUUUUUCGCAGCAUUUCGCUUGCGAAAAAUGUAUUACAAACUGAAACAUCGUCAAGAACAACGGAUCAAACUUGUGGCACCUUUUGCACGGUUGCAAAAGUUCUAA